AUGACAUACUUAACAAUUACAUACAAUCAACGCGACGCACUGCUCUUGCAGAAAAAUCUUCAGGUGCUGUCUGUCCCAGAAUGGUUUACGGAAAUAUCUACCAAAAAAUGUUUAAGCACAAUACCUGGUUUAGUAUCACGUUCAUUCCAGUGUUUAAUUCCAAUACCAUAUGAUGUAAUUCUGUCAACAUUUAAUAAUGCACCCCUUUGGAUUAAACAUGGAAUGAAAUCUGUUGAAGAAUCAUCAUCAAUUACUAAUAACGAAAAUGGUAAUCUGAUAAAAGCAUUAUUUGGAUAUUUAGAGACUAAUGUAAGUUAUUCUUGGAUUAAACAGAUAUCAAAUAUGUCGCAUUCACUGGAAUGGAAAACAGAUAUUAAUCGCAAAUAUGUGGCAGUUACAUAUAAAAAUGGUGAAAAUACGAUAGAAGUACGACUUAACCAAGAAUGUCUGGAUAAAUAUUUUAUGAUUUCAACUCACAAUACUGGAAACCACGUCAUAAUUUUACCUCUCAAAACAGCACCCCGUUGUUACAAUAUACCAUUAAGUCAACGUCAAAAUUAUCAACGAAUAUUAGAUUUUGGAGAGAUUGAUGGCGUAUGUUUAUCAAAUAGUUCUGCUAUAUGUUUGCAAUUUAUGGAUAAAGAAUCAUUGAUUAUUUGCAAGAAUUUUUUACAAAAUAUUAUGAAACUAGAUUGUCAUUUUGGUCCAAUUAAUUGUGUAGACGUUUCAAGUCAAGCACUAAAUUUUGAUAAUAUUUUAAGUGAUUUUUGGUCCGAUUAUGCUUUUAAAAUGCUGUUAACAUUGGGUUAUCGAACCAAAAAUCAGAUAACCGAACUUACUUUACGUAAAAUCCAUCAAUUAUCAGAUUUAUCAAGAGAUGAGCAGUAUCCAAAGCAUCAAUGUUAUUCAAAAUUAUUAGCUUUAUAUUAUAAAGUACGAUAUAAUCGAUUCUGUGAUAUUAAUGAGGAGUUUGAUCAAAUUCAAUCAAUACUGCCAAGUACUAUGAUGGAUAAAUGGAUGUAUGUUCCUCGAGCAUAUUUAACACCAUAUGGAUUAAUUCCUUUACCUGUUAAACCAAUACGUGGAAAUAGAGUUUUACGCGAACAAGAAUUAUUUGGUCCAGCUGAAAAUUAUUGUCGUAUAAUUAUUCGAGAUGUUGAUCUUGGACAACCACAACAGGAUAUAAUGCGCAUAAGCGAAGAAUGGAUUAAAAAUUUGAUUAUUGGAAAGAAUCUUAUUACAAUUGGCAGUCGACAGUUUUCUUUUUUACUUUGUUCAAAUAGUCAACUACGAGAUAAAAGUUUUUGGUUCCAUGCUCCAUACUUUGGUCGUACAGCAGAGGAUAUUCGAAAAUGGAUGGGUGACUUUUCACAUGAAAAAUGCGUUGGAACACUUAUUUCAAGGAUGGGAUUGCCAUUCACUGGAACAACUGCAACGAUCAAACUAUUACCUCAUCAAAUGGAAUGUAUCGAAGAUAAAGUGGAUAAUCAAGGUCGUAUUUUCACUGAUGGAGUUGGUAAAAUUUCUCGAGAGGCAUUAAGACAAGCAUUAAUAGAAUAUGAAUCAAAUCUUAUUGACGAAGAUAAUAUGCCAUGUGUAGUACAAGUACGUUUGAAUGGUAUCAAAGGCGUAUUUGUAGUAGCUGAUGAUUUGAAAGAUAGAGGUGUAUUAAUUCAAUAUCGUCCAAGUCAGCAUAAAUUUAACGCCGAUCAUAAUAUAUUAGAAAUUAUUCAAUAUUCCAGUUCUAGAAUGGUAUUUUUAAAUCGACAAAUUGUUGUUUUAUCGGGAAAUAUGGGAGUACCUAAACAUGUUUUUUUACAAUUACAAAAUAAAGCAAGAUUAAAUAUAUCAAUGUCAUUAUUAGCUAAUAAGUCAGCUCAACGUACACUUGAACAAAAUGUUCGAUCAUAUGAUUGGGAGCGAAUGCGUACGUCAGGCAUUCAAUUAACAAAAGAACCAUUUGCACGCUCUUUGUUACUUUUACUUGCGAAAGAAAGAUUAAAAAAAUUAAAAGAUAGAUCACAUGUACAAAUUCCACUUUCUGAUGGACGAAUGUUACUUGGUGUUGUGGAUGAAACUGAUUCUCUUGGAUAUGGUGAAGUAUUUAUUCAACUUCGUGAUUUAAACGGUCACCGUGAAACCUUACACAAUCAACAAGUUCUAGUUACAAAAAAUCCUGCACAUUUUCCAGGUGAUAUACGAAUUUUGAAUGCUGUUGAUCGUCCAGCUCUUCAUCAUCUCUAUGAUUGUAUUGUCUUUCCAGCUAAGGGAGAGCGUCCUCAUCCAAAUGAAAUUAGUGGGAGUGAUCUAGAUGGUGAUGAAUAUUGGACAUGUUGGAAUGAAGAUCUUAUCAAUAAUGCUACAAAACAAUAUGCACCAGCUAUAUUCAAUUCAGCUGAAAAAGUAAAACAUAAUGGCGAGAUUACAAUAUCAACAAUUGCUGAUUUCCUAUACAAAUAUUUAAGUUCGGAUUCAUUGGGUGUCCUAUCGAAUCUUCAUUUAGCUUGUUGCGCUGUUUAUGGAGCUAAUCAUGAGUAUUCAAGUACUUUAGCUGGUGUUAUUUCUGAAGUUGUCGAUUUUCCAAAAACAGGUGUGCUUCCUAAAGCUCCAACAAAUAUUAAUAUUAAACAAUAUCCUGAUUUUAUGGAAAAUAAAUAUCGAGAAUCAUUUGAAUCAGAUUCAAGUCUUGGAAUUAUGUAUCGACAAGUAAAAGAUAUAUGGAAAAUGCAUUUAGAAUGGCAAAAUACAUUUGAGGAACAAAAUAUUGUUAUUAAUCCAGAUUUUAUAAUAGAAGGUUAUGAAGACUAUAUAAUUGAAGCUGAGGAAGACUAUAAAUAUUAUACAUCAAGAAUAAAUACAAUUUUAUCAAUUUAUAAUCUUGAAAAUGAAUAUGAAUUAAUUACAGGAUGUCAUUCAUGUGCAGAAGAAGAGAGACAAAACAAUGAUUCAGUUGAAACAGCAUCGUUAGAAUUUCGACAACUUACUAGAGAAAUGAGAAAUAAAUUUGGAUCAGACAAACUAUAUUAUAUGAAGAAAUUACAGAAAGCUAGUGCAUGGUAUUAUGUUGCAUAUAAAGCAGGAACUAUACUUAGUUUCGGUUGGAUAAUGGAUCAAUUAAUGAGUGAUAUUAUGGAGCGUAGACAAAUACCUCGAGAAGAGCAUCAAGCAUUGAAAAGUUUAAUAACAAUGGAAACAGCUGUACAAACAAACAUUUGCGAGAACGAUGAAAAACUAGAAGAUUGUGUUCUUAUUUAUAAUGCAAAAAUUAUUAUGAACAUACUGACACUGGCACCAUCACGAGUAUCAGACAGUUCUUUAUUAUCUUCCGAUUUACCUGAAAAUAUUGUUCAAGAUACGGGUCAUUGUAAAGCAUUACAAAUUCGUCGAAGUCAAUUAUCACAAAUUUUUGAACCAAAUACACUUGAAAUACUUUAUAAUCUUUCUGGUAUUACAUAUACACCAACUUCAUCGGAUCGAGCAGAAGAACGUUCACAAAUUGAUGCUCGAGCUGUAACAAAUAGAUGGAGUUCACCAAUUAAUUUUUAUAUUAAUGUAGAUUCUGGUUUAACUCCAGUAAUGGCUGCGAAUAUUCGUACUGCUGUUUCUAAUUGGCAAAGUAAUACGGUUUUGACAUUUAAUGAAAUAACUGCUAUAACACCAACCCUAAAUAAAACUUAUAUUUCAUUUCGACGUGAUGAUGAUUACGGUUGUUCAAGUCCAGUUGGUUAUGAUCCAACAGAUCCAACAUCAGUUAUACUUGUUUCAGCAUAUUGUAGUGGUAUUAUUGUUUCUUUAAUGCAUGAGAUUGGACAUACACUUGGUUUUAUACAUACACAAUCACGAAUAGAUCGUGAUAUUUAUAUAACAGUUGUAACAGCAAAUAUUCUACCUGAUUAUGCAGCUAAUUUUUUUAAAUGGGCAUAUGGUACUAUAAGAUUUCUUGAUGUCGAUACUCCAUAUGAUUAUGGUUCAUUUAUGCAUUAUGAUGGAUAUGGAUUUACAAGUAAUGGUGCUGCAACAAUAAUUCCCUUAGAUACACGAUAUGAUAGAACCAUCGGACAAAGAGAAGUAGCAGCAUUUUAUGAUUAUAAACAAAUAAAUAGACUUUAUUUUAAUCGAGCAGCAUGUCCAUUCAUGUUUACUAGCAAUGGUUGUCAAAACAAUGGUUAUCUCGAUCCUAAAACAUGUUCACGUUGUGUUUGUCCUGAUGGAUUCUCGGGGACUAAUUGUGAUCAACGAGAUUCAGCUAGUAAUUGUGGUGAUGUUAUUACAAACCCAACACCAUAUUCAUCUGCACAAGUAAUUAUUCAAAAUCCUACACCAACUAGUACAACACCAGUAUCACAAUAUUGUGUUUAUCAUAUCAAGUCUUUAUCAACAGGAAAGAUACGUGUACAAUUAAAUGCAAUUAGCACAAUUGCACGAGCUCCUUGUAGUGUAACUUCUAUGUUUGAAGUUAAAUAUAAAAGUGACAUGGGUUUAACUGGAGCUCGAUGGUGUGGAGUCACUGUACCAACGGUUUGGUUAAAUAUUACGGCAGAAAAUAAUACAAUGGUAGUUAUAUUUCGAUCUAAUAAUUAUAUUAAUGCAACAACGAGAACUGCCCAAGCUCGAUUUGUUGCCACUAUUUAUUUCGAUCCUGAACCAGCACCUGGUGCAAAUCAAUCAAUACUAACAACAACAGCGAGUACUGUGAGUACUUCGACUACAAAAACGACUACUAUGAGUAGUACAAUAUCAACCACGAUAGCUCCUCAAAUUUUGACAGUAACAACAUCUACAACAACUACAACAACUUUAUCGACAUGCCCUUCGGCAUCAUACCGUUGUCAAUUAGCCACUCAACCAACAUGUGGUGGAUGUUUAAGUUAUCAACCUUGUACUGGCCAAGCCACUCAACAAUGUACAGCAUAUAGUUAUCAAGCACAACUAACUGAUUGUGAUAAAGUUAUCAAUGGUAUAGCACAAUGUCGAUAUCAAUUUAUUUUAUCACCAUAUAUAACGUAUUGUCAACAUACGAUUGUGCUUUGUUGUCCAAAUUAUCAACUUGUUUCAUAUCAAAAUCAAUAUUUUUGCAUAUAUAAUACUCAAGCAAUAAAUCCUACUGACUGGUCCGCAAUAAUAUAA